AUGACUGGUAAAACUAAAGGCUCAUCUGAUAAUAAAAUUGAUUUGCAGAAUUAUACUCUAAUCAAACCUGAGCCCGAGCACUGUCCAGGUCCAGAAUCAGAGAACGCAGGCAAGAGUGAUUCGUGUACUGGCUGUGCCAACAAAACAAUUUGUGAAUCCUUACCCAAAGGUCCUGAUCCAGAUAUCCCAUUAAUUACAGACAAUUUGUCUUGUAUUAAACACAAAAUAUUGAUAUUAAGUGGUAAAGGGGGUGUAGGAAAAAGUACUUUUACAGCCAUGCUCACGUGGGGUUUAAGUUCAUGUUCUGCCACUGUUGAUAAUGAAGACGUAGACACUAGCGAAUUAUUGAAUAUAGGUUGUAUGGAUCUAGAUAUCUGCGGCCCCUCCAUGCCUAGAAUGUUUGGUUGCCAUAACGAAUUGGUUCAUGAAUCUAAUACAGGACUAACUCCAGUAUAUGUCACUGAAAAUCUAGCAACAAUGUCUAUUCAAUAUAUGCUCCCUGAAGAUGAUUCUGCUAUUAUAUGGAGAGGCCCCAAGAAGAAUGCUUUAAUUAAAAAGUUUUUAAAAGAUGUAGAUUGGAGUAAUGAUGGUGAUGGGUUAGACUAUUUAAUCAUUGACACUCCUCCAGGCACAUCUGAUGAACACAUUACUAUUAAUAACUAUUUAAAGGAAUCCGGAAUCGAUGGGGCGUUAAUUGUUACAACUCCACAAGAAGUAGCCUUAUUAGAUGUAAGAAAAGAGAUUGAUUUUUGUUUCAAAACUGGAAUUAAAAUACUAGGUGUUGUGGAAAACAUGAGUGGGUUUGUUUGUCCUAAUUGCCAAAAUGAAUCUAGGAUUUUUAAGCCAACUACUGGGGGUGCUAUGCAGUUGUGUAAAGAGUUGAAUUUGCCGUUCAUGGGGUCGGUUCCUUUAGACCCUAGAAUAAGAAAAUGCUGUGAUAGUGGUAUGAAUUUUAUAGAUGUUAACCCAGAUAGCCCGGCAACCGAUGCCAUAUUAGAUAUACUUUUUAAAUUAAGGGAAAAGAUAGAACUUUAA